UGCUCGUGCUCGCGCAUUGAUCGUUUCGUUUGUUCUUCUGAGGAUGGUACUUAGGAGGACGUCCAUAGCUGGAGACAGCUCGUUCGUUUCAACAUCAUCUUCUGUCAUGCAGUUUCCUGGAAGUCCUACUGCGACAGAAGAGAGAGGAAAGAAGAUCAUGAUUAUCUGGGCCAUUUUUGUUAUGACAAGUCUCUGCGUCUUGGGACUUCUCAUGCGGUACUAUCUGUCAGGGGGAUCAGGUCAUGAUGACACGGACGACGACCACAAUCCAAGCUUUCACGAAGGCGAUGACAAUGCACGCGAGCGAGCGUCAACGACGACGGCUUCCACAAGACCGACGAGGAAACCUGAAACAGUGACUACGACUUCUACAAGAGAGACAACAACCACAAGCACAACAAGUACGACUACUACAACUACAACGACGACGACUACAACAACAACCACUACAACAACUUCAACAGAAACACCAAUGACGUUUUGCAACAGUACGCUCCGAGGGCCAAUCACUUCUUUCAAGUCACCAAACUACCCGAUGCCCUACACGAAGAACUUAACGUAUGCUUGGUGCGUUUACACCAAUGAUGGCUGCCCUCUGUCCAUGACGUUCCGGGACAUCGAAUUGGAUAUGUACGACGGUAAAUGCCAUGACAUCGUCUCUGUUUACGACGGCAAUGGUACGAAUUAUAAGCGGCUUCGCACGGUAUGCGAAAACGCCACGAUAAAGAGCACGUCCAGCAUAGUAUACGUGGUGUUCGAAACAGACAGCGAGACUGAGAAACGAGGUUUCGAAGUCAAGUACGAUCCGUUGCCGUGCGUUUCGCACUUUCUCACUGCGACUACCCAGUCGCUUUCUUUCACCCUUGGCAAUACCAAGGUGAGCCAGACGUGGUUGAUCGAGGCCAACGAAGGACGCGUUCACCUAGCAUUCCCGAGGUUUGCGCUAUCCAACGACUGUAAGCAAGAGAGCGUGGAAGUAUUUGACGGCCGUGACCAGACGAAGAGCUUAGGGAAACUUUGCAGCUCGGUGCAGGGCUUUGAAUGCACAUCAACUAGCGGGUUCCUUUUCGUCUCCUAUUCUAUUCAAGGCAGCGUAAAAGGCAGUCUCGGAUUUCUUGCAGAAUAUAACUCUAUUCCAUGACCAAUGUUUAUGUUCAUUACAUAUCUAACUUUCCGUAACUUUGUAAGACGUACUUAAUAAACUGAGCGCAA